UGUCAGGUCAUUACCUAAGAAGCACACAGUCGUGUCGCUGUUUGACAAAUGCUCUGCUCACUAUUGCUCACAGCGGCCCCGCUUCACUCUCUAGUCUGCUGUUCUACUUGGUUUUAACGCUAUUUCUGCUGUCCGGUCUUUAUCUUUAUAGUUUCGAGAAGGCUUGGAAAAGGUCUUAAAAACCUUCCUGCAUUCUUCAGAGCACCUUUGAGUUUGCCAUAGGCCAGGAUGGCUGCCCGUCUUCUCCGAUGCGCAUCCAUGGCCCUGCUCCAGUGCAGUCGUUCCCAUAAGUCCGCAAGGCCGCUCCUAGCACUGAUUCCACCCGCUACGCUAGGAACGUGCCGAAGUAAGAAGACAUGGCCCAAGACGUUCCCCGAGGAGGAGCUGAGGAAGCAAUUGAGCCCCAUGCAGUACCAUGUUACUCAGCAAAAGGGCACAGAGAGUGCUUUCACAGGAAAAUACACAGAUAACAAAGAGGAAGGAACCUACCACUGUGUCGUUUGCGGUGCCCCUCUUUUCACGUCUGAUAAGAAGUUUGACUCUGGAUCAGGAUGGCCGUCCUUUUUUGAUUUGAUCAAUAAGGACUCUGUAACACUAACUGAUGACUUUUCGUAUGGGAUGCACAGAGUGGAGACAACCUGUAGUCAGUGUGGUGCUCACCUGGGCCACCUUUUUGAUGAUGGACCUCGACCAACAAAGAAACGCUACUGCAUAAACUCCGCUUCUCUCAAUUUCCAGGCGAAAAACAGUGCCUCUGAGGAGGUGGAAGCAUCUGGAGGAGCAGGUCAAUCACCACCUUCUAGUAAGAAUGAAGAACUUUAAUAGGACUUGAAAUAGACCAAUCAGAUGUCACGCUACUCCAAAGUCACUCCUGAACCAUCAAUUCCAAAUCAAGUGAGCCGUGCAAUCAGACAACUAUAUAUUUAGCAACAUUCAAGAUCACAAUAUGCAAUAUCAGUAUCCAGAUAACAGAUUAGAAUGGCCUUACGUUUGCUCCUCAAUUUCUUUACUUGAAUUUUGUGUCAUUUUAAGAGCUCAUAUCGCUUCAAAGAAAUUUGCUCUGCUAAAAUGUUUUUUUAACACUUGUUGGAAAUUUUCAAUUAGGGGCAACAGACUGAGACUACAAUGGAAAUCUGGUAUUUUCUUUUAUCUGUUUUCAUUUAAAUUCAUAUUUUUAAAGAUUGAGAAUUUUAAACAACUUUUAAAAAAAGAGAAGUGUGAUGGGGAAAUGAAAAACACUGUUUCUAGGUCACUAAUCAAGUAAAUUUGUGUCAUCAGACUUUGUAUAGAGAGUCAGGUAUUCUGAAGCUCAAGAUGAUUUUUGAAUCAUACAUGAAUCAUGCAGAUUUUAUUUUCGAAUGUUUUUUCUGAUAAUAUGUGUAGUGAAAAAAAAAAUGCAUUUUCUCUAGUGGUCUCAGAUUUUUUGGACCCCAUUGUAUAUUGAAAGUUCAGUGAUUGGAAAUGAAUUAUAUAUGUAUACUUUCUCAGAGCGCUGUGUUGUUUUUGAAGUGACAUGUGAUACAGGGAGGUCAAGAAGUUUGAGGAAAAUGCUAUGCAAGUGCUCCUGUGAGCAGUAAAAUAAGCACCGAGUGGAGAACAAAGCAUUCUUUGAAAUAAAAUGGAACAGAUGACAAAUGUUUAGUCUGAACACAAAUGUAGCCUGACUUUUAAGGGUGCUUUUUUGGUCUCCCUGCUUGCAGUGCCUAUUUUUGUCCUGAGUUGUGAGUUUUUUUUUUCCUGAUUUACUUUGAUUGAUAGAAUUUAAUUAAUAUUGACCGGUGUGAUUAAAGAGAUAUUAAGAAUAA